CCCUAGAUCAACAAAGAAAAAGAGCAGCGCACACACGGUCUGGACGGCCGCGUGUCCGCCCGAACGAUUCAACCAGCUUUUGUAUACGCGAAUCAGUCCCACGUCGAUCAUCAACCGCAUACGUAAGUUCGUGUUCGCGUCUGCUUAUAAUCAAGUGCACGCGCGCGUCCGUUCAGUCGGCGCCAUCCUUUCAUCUCAUUUCAUUUCACCGGACUCCCUGUCACGCGCGCGCGCCCGCGCCAUGAAGCCCACUUCUUCGUCGUCCUCGUUCCAGGCGUCGACGCUUUGCACCCCGUACCUCCUCCUCGUGCCGCUCGGCCUCCUCGCCGCGGUGCUCGUCCUCCCGAGCCUCGGCUCCUCCCACGUCCGCUCCGACGGCCUCGGCGUCGUGCUCUGCCCCGUCCUCCCCGCCACCGAAGCGGCCGCCUCCGGAGCCGAGAAGAAGGCCGACGACGCGUCCCCGACGACGGCGCCGGAGUUCCGCCUCCUCGUAGGCGUCCUGACCACGCCCGCGCGGCACGAGCGGCGCGACAUCGUGCGGCUGGCCUACGCGCUGCAGCCCCCGGCGCCGGCCUACGCUCACGUCGACGUGCGCUUCGUGUUCUGCGACGUGGCCGACCCGACGGAGCGCGUGCUCGUGUCCCUCGAGGCCGCGCGCCACGGCGACGUCCUGAUCCUCAACUGCACGGAGAACAUGAACGACGGCAAGACGCACGAGUACUUCUCCUCCGUGCCCCGGCUCUUCGCGGCCGCGCCAUACGACUACGUCAUGAAGACUGACGACGACACGUACCUGCGCGUGGCCGCCAUGGCGGAGGAGCUCCGCCCCAAGCCCCGCCGCGACGUGUACCUGGGCCACGGCUUCGCCGUCGGCGACGACCCCAUGCCGUUCAUGCACGGCAUGGGGUACGUCGUGUCCUGGGACGUCGCGGCGUGGGUGUCCGACAACGAGGACAUCCUGCGGCAUAACGACACCCACGGGCCCGAGGACCUCCUCUUCGGGAAGUGGCUCGGCAUCGGAGGCAGGGGCAAGAACCGAUACAGCCUCAAGCCCCGGAUGUACGACCUCAACUGGUACAUGGACAACUUCCGGCCGGACACCGUGGCCGUGCACAUGCUCAAGGACAACCGCCGGUGGGCGGCUGCCUUCAGGUACUUCAACGUCACCCAGGAGGUCAACAGCUCCUCCACUCUGUACCACUUGCCGUGAUCGUAUUCUGAUCGAUCGAGUUGUUUAUAUUUUUCUUUUGUUUGUUUUUAAGAGAUGUUGAGAUGACGUGGUUGGUUUUGCCGCGCUAGGGUACGCAAUUCACAUUCUUCUGUGCAAUUUGUUAUUGGUUACCUGAUUGAUGCUGUACGACGUGACAACGUGCCCGAGCUAAUUAAGCAAUCAGUUUGAGAUCCUCCAAUUUAAGGAA